AUGUCGUCAAGUGGUCAUCUCAUCCAGCACACGUAUCCGAACCAACCUUCGAAUAUCGUCUAUCAGCCAGUCGUGUUCGAUUUGUCGUCGCUGUAUCGAACGAAUCACCUUGCUCCUGUCACUCCCACCAGUACUGCUAGCACGUCUUCUGCAACCUUCACGACCAAUGCUGCUGGAAUGGCACCACAGUUCGCCGCCUACCGGAUACCAGCAGCACAGACGGAUCAGCAAAACUUGGAAGAAUACAACAAGUAUCUCACGAUUUUAAGAAACGCCUACGGUAUCCAAUUACCUGGCGAACUCGAAGAAGCAGCGCCAGUUCAACCUGACUACCAACUAUCUGCUUAUCCAACAACCAAAGCCGCAAGUUCUGAAACGGUCGCUGUUCCCUGUACUCCAAGUGCUUCAGAAGUAUCGUCGAAGGCCGUUAAUAAUGAGAUUAAUCAGCUUGGAUCCUCCUACACCACAAAUACUCCGACAUCUCUACCACAGUAUCACGCUUUUCCCCAGACUUUACCUAUCUAUGUCUCACCGCAACAGCAGCCGUUCGUUCAUCAGCAAACUGUACAAGUACAACAACUUCCUCAAACUCCAUCCUCCUCUGAGGUAUAUUCACAAGCCACCUAUUCUGAACCUCAAAUCAUUCAACAGCAGAAUCUGGUUUCGCAGCAGCAGCAGUAUCAGCCAACGUAUUCUAUCACACCGGUAGCUCUUCCUGCUUUACAUUCUCAUGAGUCCGUUAUUCAUCCAUCUUACACGGUAAAGACACAACCACAGUAUUCACAACUGGCAAUACAGUAUCCUGGACAGCAGACAGUACAGCAUCCUGUAGAGCAGAUUUCUUCAACUAUUCAGCAACCACACACUGACGUCAUUUUCACGACUGGUUCACAUCCACAGCAGACGGUCGGACUUCAAUCGAAUUUGGUGGCUGAGUCGACGGCAGAGACUCAAGGAAGCAUCUAUGUGGGUGAGACCGAGAGCAUACACAACACGAUCUUCAGCUCCUACGCUACUACGCCGUCAUAUUGGCUUUCAUCUGAGAGCAGAAAAACCACUGCUCCACAGUCGACGACAUCUCGUCCGCAUCCAUUAUCAACUAACACACAAACACCAUCCAACACAAACAAGUCGCAGGAAACUGUAAUCUCGGCACAGUCACUCGCCAGACAGAUACGACAUCUGCCCGCAAUUUUAUACGCGGAUUCGCGAAAUGAAGGUAGUGAAAAGUUGGAGACGAUGCUUAGAGACACUUAUAGGCUACCUUUGGUAGCAUCCUACGUUGAUAAGUUAGACCGACCACAUUUGGUAGAGAAACUUCUCUACCAACUAACUGCGCACAAGACGCUGCCUUAUCUUUUCAUAUGUGGCGCCUUCAUUGGAGGUGAAGAACACAUUCAAAACUACCAUAAGAACGGUCAAAUUUCGAAACUUGUCGAAUAUGUUUGUGGUGAACGUCGUGAAAAGAAGAAGGAAACGGAGAAGACUAAAAAGAUGUCAGCUUAA